CCGAGCGCGGCGCGGCCGGCCGCUGAGCGCGGCCCGGAGGCGGCAGGCCCGGCCCGGCCUCGGAGCGACAGCCGCCGCGGUGCGGGUCCCAGCUCCCUGCCUGCGCCGCCGCCCGGCCCGAGCAUGGAGACGGCGGAGAAGGAGUGCGGCGCCCUGGGCGGGCUCUUCCAGGCCAUCGUCAACGACAUGAAGAGCUCCUACCCCAUCUGGGAGGACUUCAACUCCAAGGCCACGAAACUGCAUUCCCAGCUGAGGACCACCGUGCUGGCUGCUGUGGCCUUCCUGGACGCCUUCCAGAAAGUGGCCGACAUGGCCACCAACACCCGAGGGGCCACGCGGGACAUCGGCUCGGCGCUCACGCGCAUGUGCAUGCGCCACCGCAGCAUCGAGACCAAGCUGCGGCAGUUCACCAACGCACUGCUGGAGAGCCUCAUCAACCCGCUGCAGGAGCGCAUCGAGGACUGGAAGAAGUCGGCCAACCAGCUGGACAAGGAUCACGCAAAAGAGUACAAACGAGCGCGGCACGAGAUCAAGAAGAAGUCUUCGGACACGCUGAAGCUGCAGAAGAAAGCACGCAAAGAGCUACUUGGGAAAGGAGACCUGCAGCCCCAGCUGGACAGCGCCCUGCAGGAUGUGAACGACAUGUACCUGCUGCUGGAGGAGACUGAGAAGCAGGCGGUGCGCCGGGCCCUGAUUGAGGAGCGCGGCCGCUUCUGUACCUUCAUCACGUUCCUGCAGCCCGUGGUGAACGGCGAGCUGACCAUGCUGGGGGAGAUCACCCACCUGCAGGGCAUCAUCGACGACCUGGUGGUGCUGACCGCGGAGCCGCACAAGCUGCCCCCCGCCAGCGAGCAGGUGAUCACAGACCUGAAGGGCUCAGACUACAGCUGGUCAUACCAGACCCCACCCUCAUCGCCUAGCAGCUCCAGCUCCCGGAAGUCCAGCAUGUGCAGUGCCCCCAGCAGCGGGAGCAGCGCCAAGGGUGGUGGAGCCCCCUGGCCCGGGGGCGCCCAAACGUGCUCACCCGGCCCCGCCUGUCGCUACCGCAGCCUGGCGCAGCCCGCCCCCGCCGCCCGCCUCUCCAGCGUCUCCUCCCACGACUCCGGCUUCGUCUCCCAGGAAGCCACCUACUCCAAGCCCCCCUCGCCCAUGCCUUCAGACAUCACCAGUCAGAAGUCCUCCAGCUCCGCGUCCUCUGAGGCCUCGGAGACCUGCCAGUCCGUUAGCGAGUGCAGCUCCCCGACCUCGGACUGGGCCAAGGCCGGCCCCCACGAGCAGCCCGCAGGCACCGCACUGCAGCGGAGGAAGGACCGUGUGGAGCUCCUGCGAGACCCGGAGCCGGGCCCGGCUGGCGGGGGCGCCCCGGGCCCCAGUGGAGAGGAGGCCCCACGACCCCGCAUGUCCCCCGCCACCAUCGCAGCCAAGCACGGGGAGGAGGUGUCCCCUGCGGCCAGCGACCUGGCCAUGGUGCUGACCCGCGGCCUGAGCCUAGAGCACCAGAAGAGCAGCCGGGACUCCCUGCAGUACUCGAGCGGCUACAGCACGCAGACCACCACGCCCUCGUGCUCCGAGGACACCAUCCCCUCCCAAGGCUCUGACUACGACUGCUACUCCGUGAACGGGGACGCAGACGGCGAGGGGCCCCCCGAAUUCGACAAGUCGUCCACCAUCCCUCGCAACAGCAACAUCGCCCAGAACUACCGCCGCCUGAUCCAGACCAAGCGUCCGGCCUCCACCGCGGGGCUGCCCACCGCCUCAGGGGCGCCCCCCGGCGUGGCCACCAUCCGCCGCACCCCGUCCACCAAGCCCACCGUGCGCCGCGCCCUCUCCAGCGCCGGGCCCAUCCCCAUCCGGCCGCCCAUCGUGCCGGUGAAGACGCCCACAGUGCCUGACUCCCCCGGCUACGUGGGGCCCACGCGGGCGGGCAGCGAGGAAUGCGUCUUCUACACCGACGAGGCCGCCGCGGCCCUGGCGCCGGACCUGGCCAAGGCCUCCCCAAAGAGGCUCAGCCUGCCCAACACGGCCUGGGGCAGCCCAUCCCCAGAGGCGGCCGGCUACGCGGGGCUGGCGGCCCAGGACGACGAGGAGCAGCAGCAGCAGCUGGCCGCCAACCGGCACAGCCUGGUGGAGAAGCUCGGGGAACUGGUGGCGGGCGCCCACGCGCUGGCCGAGGGCCAGUUCCCCUUCCCCUCCGCCUUGUCGGCCGCCCCCGCGGAGGGGACGCCCGCCCCACCCCCCGCCGCCCCCGGCGAGCCCCCGGCUGAAGACAUGCUGGUGGCCAUCCGUCGCGGGGUGCGGCUCCGCAGGACCGUCACCAACGACAGGUCGGCGCCCCGCAUCUUGUGAUGGCGCCUCCCGCCCCCCUCCCUGGCCCGGCAAGGCAGGGGGCCGGGCCGGUGGGCCGCGGAGGCUCAGAGCAGAGGCACAGUCAGGAGUGAGCAGAGCCAGGCUAGCUUUUUUUCUUUUUUUUAAGUCACACGAUUCAAAGCCACUUUACUGGGAGGAGAAACCCAGCUUGGAUUUCAUGGUUUAAACAGGAAGUGACUUCUUAGACCGUGCCAGGACGGAGCCUGCGGGCCUUGAACUGGAUUUGAAGCCUGUUUCAACCUUUUCUUGCCUAUUCUGCCCCUCCUCUCCCUCCUGCCAGGCCCUGCCCUUUCCACACAAGGGCGAGCCACAGAGCUGUGCCCCGUGCCCCCAGCAGAGGGGCCUACCCACCUGGCAGGGCCCGCAGUGCACAGCUCAGGCAGCCCGGCCCAGCGCCUCCCCGUCUCCCUGGGGACGGUGGCCCCCCCACCCCUGGCCAAGGCACCCCCCCCCACAUCCCUCUCCGUCACCCCCUGUCACCCCCCUCAUCUCUGCCUCUCCCAGGCUCUCCUCCAUCAGGGAGGCGGGGGGGCCAUGGAGGGGCGAGGGCUACAGUGUCUGGGUUAAUCAGAGGCUCCACAGAGCGGCUGGCCGUUUGGGGGGCCAGUGAAGUUAGGAGCCAGCCCACCCACUGGGGACGGGGGCCUGGGGCCCAAGUCCAGUCUCUUGGGGAGGACGUGCAGGGUGCCUGCCCAGCAGAGGGUGGGGACCCUGAGACAGCUUGCCUGCCUGCAGAUGCGACUGGGGCGGGGCAACAGGGAAGGCAUGCGGAGGCCAGGCUGUCGGCCUACCGGCCUCCCAGGAGCUGCUCAGAUCCCAUCGUCAUCCGGGCACGUGGGGACUUUAACUUUAGUGACAGUUUCAGCUACCUUUGGGUCAGGGACUGAAACUGGAGAGGGUGGGGGGUGGGUUCUUUUAUGAAUAUAUAAUAAAGUGAGCUGACCGGACAAGGACUGCGUGUGGGGACAGGGUAGACGGUACAGGGUGUGUCCAAGAGUGCCUGAGGGACAGAGGGCCCCGCGGUGGCCUGAUGGCCCGUGGGAGGAAGAGGAGGGUCUGCACGGCUCCUGGGGGCCAGGGGCCGGGGUCGGUGUUCUCUGCAGCAUCCAGAGCAAAGCCACAAUGCGCUGGGAAGGGGCCGGGGGCUGGGCCUCCCACCCAUUUGCUGCAGGCCAAGGAGGGGAGGGCUGCUGGGGGAGAUUGGCCCUGACUGUUGUCAGAGGCAAUGCCAUCCCAGGGUGGUCCCGGGUGGCAGGACUGAGGUGGAGGGAGUGCACCCCUCCACCCACACAGCACGUUGCGCCAACUCUAAGCAGGUAAAAGCACGUGUGCCAAGGGCAAGCGGAGGGCUUCCUGUGACCCGCAGGCCCGCCGACAGCAGCCAUGCUAGCAGGGUCACAGGGCAGGGGCUCCUGGGGUCAGGAGAGCUGGCUCUUCCUGGUCUGGAUGGACCCAGGGCUCCUGGUAGUUCUUGUGCCGGAAACGGGUCUAGGCACAGCCGCCAGGAGGGUGUGGGGAACCAGGGAUUCCUCUGAGGGGCUCCCCAGAGGUGGGUGAAGGACGGUACCUGUAAGUCGCUAGGUCGGAGAAAGGAGCCUCACUGAGCUGAGCUCACCACACCUGGAGGAGGGCCAGGGGAGCAGAUGGCCUGCACUCGGAGGCUUGGGGGCAGAGUGUACACUGCCCCCCGCCCCGCCAGGGUUUGCCCAGGUGGGCUGGUGUAAAACGCAGGUUAUCUGAUGUGAGCAGGGUAAGGGGCAGUGGGGGGGGGUGGGGUACCCGGGUCCCCAUGAGGAAGAGCUUGCCCUGAGGAGGGGUGUGGCCUCGGGGACCCGGGGGGAGGGGGUGGGCAUGGCACAGGCACCCCUCACCUAGACUUCAGGGGCCCCCCUCCAGACUACCCCCAGGGCUGUACAUAGCUCCUCCACCCCCUUGACCGCCUCAUCCCUCUAGUGAUCGCCAAGUAGGCCCGCCCCUUCAGGAUCCGAGCCAACCAUCCCAUGUCACAAACUUUGGUUUGGGGAACUUCUUUACGUUUGUUUCAUUUUUUUCUUUUUGUACAGAGAAAUAUUCUAUUCGAAGCGUCUUUUGACUGAAGUAACUUUUCUGGUGCUGUUGUUAACUUGUUCCUUUUUUUAAUUUAUUUCCCCUCCUUAGGCCUCCCCUUCUGGUUCCCACUCACUUUGUCUCCCCUCUACCACCCGCCCCCAGCCCCCAUGCCAUCUAAACCAUUUUGUUUCUCUUCUUUCUGUCUGUUUUGGAUAAAUUAUCCUUUCCUUCCCCCCCACCCACCUCCUGCAGCCCACCUUCCCUUGAUUUAAAUAGUCACUGCUACAAGUAACAAAUGCACUGUGAAGAUCCCAGUAUUAAUAAAGUUGUACUGUAAUUAA